CCGGUCCCCAUAUACGCCACGUUUGGGUCCAUUUGGGGAAACAAAAAUGAAGUGGUUAAUGCCUUUCAUAAGUUUUUGCAUCUGUGCAGCAACUGCUGGUAAAAGAACUCUUGUGCUGGUGGAUAACUGGUCGAUUAGAGAAACGCACUCUGUAUUUUUCCGAACGCUUCGAGAUCGUGGCUUUGAGUUGACCUUUAAGACUGCUGAUGACUCCAGUCUGGCCCUCGUGAAGUAUGGAGAGUUCCUGUACGACAACCUGGUCCUGUUUUCUCCCUCUGUAGAAGAGUUUGGAGGAUCAAUUGACGUGGCAGCCAUCACUAACUUUAUCGAUGGAGGGGGAAAUGUUUUAGUUGCAGCAAGCUCAGACAUAGGUGACCCGAUUCGUGAGCUGGCCACAGAGUGUGGGGUGGAGUUUGACUAUGAGAAGACAGCUGUGAUUGACCACCUUAACUAUGACAUCAAGGAUCAGGGAAAGCACACAAUGGUGAUUGCUGACUCAAAAAAUCUGCUUGAUGCCCCCCUUAUAGUUGGCUCCAAGAACAUCAACCCCCUGCUGUACCGGGGAGUGGGAAUGGUGGCUGAUCCAGAGAACCCCCUCGUGUUGAGUGUCCUCCAUGCCUCCUCUACUGCCUACUCCUUCUUCCCAGACAAACCCAUUGACGAUUAUCCUCACGCUGUUGGCAAAAACACCCUGCUGGUAGCAGCUCUACAGGCCAGAAACAAUGCUAGAGUAGUCUUCCUUGGCUCUCUAGACUUCUUCAGUGAUGAAUUCUUCACUGCCAAUGUACAGAAUGGAAUGACCAACAAAAAGUUCCCCAAGUCAGGUAAUGAGGACCUAGCUGUAAGCCUGUCUCAGUGGGUGUUUAAGGAGAAGGGGGUCCUACGUGUCGGGGCAGUUAAACACAACAAACAGGGAGAAAAAGAACCUCCUCAGGCCUAUACUGUCUACGACAUGGUGGAAUACUCUAUUGAAAUAGAAGAACUGAAGGACGGUCAGUGGAAGCCAUUCUCUGGUCAAGAUGUCCAGCUGGAAUUCGUCCGCAUUGACCCAUUUGUCAGAACUACUCUUAAGAACUCAAAUGGUAAAUUCCACGUCACCUUUAAGUUACCUGAUGUUUACGGAGUUUACAAGUUCCAGGUGGAUUACAACAGAGUGGGAUAUACUCACCUGUAUAGUACUACACAG